AUGAACGCGCACGGAGCUUUGCGUCUGCUCUGCUACCAGCUUCUGCUUCUUGGAGUUUUCGGAAAGUAUGAUAAUCACGCCACGAGGAGUACGUCACCCAGAAGCCACCGGCAUCAUUUACCGACAUACAUGAUGCAGCUCUACCGACACUUCAAGCUCAACCAAACGCGUCCCGUGGAGAAAACAGAGCACGAGCAAGCGGACACCAUCAAGAGCAUCCUCUCCAAGAGUUUGACCAAUCAGGACACACACUACGUCACACACUUCGACCUUUCCUCGGUUCUGUCCGAGCGUCAGAUCCAUGCGGCGGAGCUGAGGAUCCGUAUUCCCAAAGACACCCAGCGAACGAACAUCACGGUGGAGAUCCGACACCAGCAGGACGAGUCCCUGGGUCAGCUGUCCGAUUCCUCUCUGAUGAGCGUCUCCCAUCACUGGAGGGUCUACAACGCCACAGACCUGCUCCUAAACUGGAUCGGGCCCAAACUCUCUGAGGGGAGAGCAGCGAGACACGCUCUUCACCCUCUUCACUCCGGGAGGAAAGCUGUGGACGGGAUCCGUCACAGAGCCAUGCUGCUGGUCUUCUCACACACCGUCUCUGGACAGAGCGAGCAGGACCGAGCCAGUCUCCUGCACACCGCCGAGACGUCUAAGUUUUUGUUUAACAGCGAAGGAAAGGAGGUGCGCAGAGACAAGCCACACAGGAGCAAGCGGGGCCGCAGGGGUCAGCCGAUGAGGAACCCAGAGCCACUCCGGGCCCCGGCGGAGAAGAGCUCCAUGUGCAGGAGGGUCGACAUGCAUGUGGACUUCAAUCAGAUCGGAUGGAGCUCCUGGAUCGUCUUCCCAAAGAAGUACAACGCGUACCGCUGCGAGGGGAGCUGCCCCAACCCUGUGAGCGAAGACCUUCAUCCCACCAACCACGCUUACAUGCAGAGUUUGCUGAAGUACUAUGAUCCCAGCAGAGUUCCUGCGGCCUGCUGCGCUCCGACCAGGACGAGUCCCCUCAGCAUGCUUUACUACGAGAACGGAGAGCUGCUCCUCAGACACCACGAGGACAUGCAGGUGGAGGAGUGCGGCUGUCUGUGACCAGCUUCAUAUCAAACACCUCCACCCCAGCUCCAGAUGCAGCACGAGUUUCCCAUCGUCCCGGGAAGAGAUGAUGGAAAUAAGAACAGAAGAUGCUCUUCAAU